GACCCCUCUCGCCAACUUCUCCGUCAAACUUGACGCUGUCACAAUGUUGAGUCACCUGUCUACCUGUCUGCUCAUAGCCGCGAUGGUACUGUCUCAUAUGUCCACUGCCAAACGGACCUGCUUCACGAGUCUGCGUCUGAAAACCAUCAGUGGUUAUGAGGAGAGAGACAUCCCAGACUUCGAGAUUUCUUCCUUCCUCGGCAUUUGCUCCAAGGCCAAGAAGGACUGCCCGGGAAGACUGCUGGAGCACGUCAAAAAUAUCUUUGGUCCAGAGGUGAACCCGAUGACUGGCAACACUUCCCUGAGGAUGUGCGAGCUCUUCGGCAGGGAGAUCCUGCCGAGUGACGACCCCGAUGUUGACGUCUCGUAUAAAGUGAGCAACUGCGGGAACGAAGGAUACAUGGGCAUAGGGAGACUUUGCUGUUUUAAGUGCAAGGCCGGGCCUUACACUUUCUUCCACCCCAUCGAUAACUGCGCCCCGACUGCAAGGCCUGCCUGGUGUCUCUAAAGGCUGAGGGACUUCUCUUUCCAGUUGAUAUUUGUAGGAACUUGAGUGGAACACUAAACAGAAAAAACACAGUAAUGUCUUGUUUCCCGAGUUGAAUUUAAGUUGUUCGUGACUACGCAAGCGUAGUGCGAGUACAUAGUUCUGGUGGGCAAAUUGUUUGAGCCCACGAGCAGAAUGUGAGAACUUAAUAAACUUGCAUGCAUA